AUGGCGUCACUCGUGCCAAUGAAAGAGAAGAAGCUUAUGGAGGUUAAACAAGGAGAACUACCGAGCUGGAUAUUGAUGCGGAAUUUCACCCCCAGUGGCAUUGUGGGAGCCUUUCAGAGAGGUUACGACCGAUAUUACAAGUACAUCAAUGUGCGGAAAGGCAGCAUCUCGGGGAUUAACAUGGUGCUGGCAGCCUAUGUGGUUUUCAGCUCCUGCAUUUCUUACAAGGAAUUCAAACAUGAGUGGCAAUGCAAGUACCACAACGAGGGGACCGCACACCUGAGCAUAGGCACCUCACCUACGCCCAUCCAUGAAGAACUCAACUCUGGCUGGAUCUUCAUGUCCUAA